UAAGAGAGGGAACAAAUCAAGAAACCACAAAAGCCAAAAAAGAAAGAAUGAAAGGGAAUAAUAAACAUUAGAUUUUCACAUACCUAUAUAUAUAUAUGAAAUGAAUGAAAUAAAUACAAAAAAUAAGUGUCACUUUCCUGCAAUCAUCAUUCGAUCAGGUUUGGUCGAGCCAUCAAUUUCACUUUACUGAAAGUUUUUCAUUCCCAACUAACACAAAGGAAGAAAAUUAAAGGGAAAAAAAUUCCCAUCAUGUAAAAUAAUGUUUUUUUUUUGUUCCUGUUAUUAAUUCUGCAAUGGCCAGUCACACCAUAAAUGCUCCAUUUUUAAUAUGAUCAAAUUUCAGUAGAGAUUUAUGCUUUUGUGCAGAUUGGAUCUAAAUGGGAGAGGCUCUUUUCAUUUCGGACUGAAUCUUGAAAUGGGCUCUGUGAGAAAUGUGCUCCAUUGAUUUCUAAGGUCGAUGAACGAGGAUGAAGCUAGUGGUACCUCGAUUGCUCUGAGUCUUGUGCUUCGGUAUUUGAACAAUCCGACUCAAAAUGACCUCACAAUCAUUAUCUGGAGAACUGAUUGAUCAGGAAUUCGUGUCUUUAAGCGUGUCCAAACGUCUUGUUAGAAGUAUGAGCCAGAAAUGGAAAAGAAAGAGCAAUAGAAGCGAGGGUUGUGUGGAAGAUGAGACGACUGGCGUGUCUUUGAGAUGUCUUACUCUUUACGGUAGAGGUGGAGGCUGCAAAGUAGGCGCUGACACGGGCGAGGAAUUUGGAGAGACGGGGUGUAGGAGGCGGUCAAGUGCUAGUGACGAAGCAAAAGGAUCUACCGCUAUAUGUGGAAACGAGGAAGCAAUUGUUGAUUGCUUUUCAUAUGGUGUGAAAGAGAAGUUCUGGAGGAAGAACAACCAGAGGCUCUUGAAAUCUCACGAAUCUCAACGAAAGAAUAGCUUGCAUGCGCAUCUCCCCGAUGACGUUCUGGAGAUGUGCUUGGUGAGGCUCCCGUUGAGAAGUCUAAUGAAUGCUCGUCUCGUCUGCAAGAAAUGGAGGAACUUGACAACAACGCAUAGGUUCAUGCUAACAAGGAGGGAGUGUUCGUUCCAAAGUCCGUGGUUGUUUCUGUUCGGUGUCGUUAAAAACGGCUUCUGUAUGGGAGAAAUACACGCGCUAGAUGUUUCCCUAAACGAAUGGCACAAGAUCGAUUCUCCGUCUCUCAAGGGGAGGUUUCUGUUUUCUGUCUCGAGCAUCCACGACGAUAUUUACAUAGUCGGGGGUCGUUCGAGCCUGGCCAAUUUCGGGAGGGUGGAUCGCAGCUCGUUCAAGACACAUAGGGGUGUUAUAGCAUUCAACCCCUUGACCAAAUCAUCGCGUAAAGCUGCGUCUAUGAACCACGCCAGAUCGUCUCCCGUUCUCGGAAUCUCUGAGGUGAAUCCAGAUUCUUUGAUCAUCAGAAAUCAAGUAGCUCGACCGGAGAGACGUUUCCACAGGUCAAGAGUAGGUGGCGUGUUGGAUGUUUACGAGGACCCUCACCGCCUUUCAGUUAGACGCCAAACGAGGAGCUCCCUAGACGAAAACGAGAGCGCAGCAUUCCACAGUGUCAAGCAACACAAAUCAGUCAGGCAGAAGCAGGAAACUUGUUCGCACGGCAGAGAAGGUAAUAAGUUCGUUCUCAUAGCGGUGGGAGGUCUCGGAUCGUGGGACGAGCCUCUCGAUUCGGGCGAAAUCUACGACCCCGUGUCGAAUAAAUGGACCAAUAUCCAGAGGCUCCCUCUAGACUUUGGGGUGGCUUGUUCCGGCGUUAUGUGCAACGGGAUCUUCUACGUCUACUCGGAAAGCGACCGGCUCGCUGGGUACGACAUUGAGCAGGGGUACUGGAUCAGGAUCCAGACAACUCCGUGCCCGCCCCGCGUGCAUGAGUACUAUCCGAAGCUCGUCUCGUGCAUGGGCCGCCUCCUCAUGCUCUCCGUCUCGUGGUGCGAGGGCGACGGCCAGAUAGGGAGGAGGAACAAGGCGAUUCGGAAGCUCUGGGAGCUUGAUCUCGUGCACCAUUCUUGGAAGGUGGUCUCGGUUCACCCCGAUGCUCCGAUGGACUGGAAUGCCUUGUUCGUGGCCGAUAGAGACCUCGUCUUCGGGGUCGAGAUGUUCAAGAUUUUCGGGCAGGUGCUGGACUUCGUGACGAUGUUCGAUGCGUCUGGCGCAGGAGCUGGAGGCGGCUGCUGGAGCCAUGUCUCGAGGAACCACGCGGCUCGCGAUGUAGACGCGUGGUCGUGCAUGACCAAAUCGAUGGCUGUGCUGCGUCUGUAACUGAGGUAGAUAUUGGAAAUGAACCGUGGCUUGAUUGAUUCUUUCUGAUGAGAUUGGUAAUUUUUGUGACAAAUUGUUUUUUUUCCUUUCUUGUGUUUGUAUUCUUGUAUAAGGAUUAAGGAUGCAUUUUGGUCCUAAUGUAAUUUGCCCACCACACUCAUGGAAAUAAUUUAAUUGAAGACAUUAUUAUGGGACCUAA